AUGCCUCGGGACGAACUUCUCCAGAGAAACAAACCCACCACCAUGGUCGAAGUUCGGAAAUACGACCUUCCACCCACCCCUCUCAUGCCCAAUUCCAAGCACGCCCUCCUCCACUACCCUGGCAUCUUCGCAGCGCCCGGCGAAUGCGACGCCGCCAAAGUCUACGACCUCUUCCUGAGCAACGGCUGGAAAACACAGUGGAUCUUCCGUUACGGUCCCACACAAGAAUCACAUUACCACUCCGAAGCUCACGAGUGCAUGGUCGUGUUGACCGGUUCUGCGACGAUCCGAUUUGGUGUCGGCGAUACCUCUGCUGACCUCGAAGAGAGCACUCACGGCUCAGGCAGGGAGGAAGGAGGCGUAGAGUUACAAGCUAAUGCUGGGGAUGUCUUUAUACUACCGGCUGGCACAGCGCAUAAGACACAUGAUACUACGCCGGCAUCCUUUGCGCUGCUGACUCCUGGUAGUGGGCAUGGUAUUGAAGCUGAUGAUCCGAGAGAGGCGCUGAGAAAGAUUCACCUUGAUGGAUUUACCAUGAUGGGUGCAUAUCCGACAGAACAGAACUGGGACUUUGCGAAGGGUGGAGAGCAUGUCGGGGAGUAUGAAAGAGUGUGGUCUGUGCCGAAGCCCGAAUGUGAUCCAGUUCUGGGCAAGGCAGAGGAGGGACUGGUCGGGCAAUGGCUAUAA